CACAGUUGUAGCUGAUCGCACUGGCUUAGAAGCGUACAUUUACUGGAAUACGGAAAAAUACAAACAUGGCUGAAAAUGGAUACGGAAUGGCCGGACACAUUGGCAGAAUCCCGAACUACGGCAAAACACAAGUUAAUCCCAUGGGUAGCGUAGAACCACCAGCGUGUAUCCAAAACGCAAUGAUGACAAAGGAUAAGAAGCCAUUUACUUACACACCAGGUGGUCUCGAUUUGUCUCAAAUACGUACCCCGAGCAUGGCUAGAAGGUUAGCAAGGCAGCGUUCAGACGACCAAGAGAGAGCUUAUGCUCCACAAAAUAUGAACAAUGGUGGAAACUAUAAUUCACAAGGAGGGCCAGCUCCACCUCCCCCGCCCCCGCCGCCUAGUAAGAUACCUGCACCACCACCACCGCCACCAUUGAUCAUAGAAGCACCCAACGCUAAGGCUGUAAAACCUGUACCUCUGGGGGAAAGACCCGAAAUAGUAAUACCAGAAAAUCCAAUAGGUAUGUUACGAAAAACAAAUAGUCCAUACCAUUGGGAAGCAGAGAAGGCAGAAACGCAACGAAUGGGACCAGUGCCGAAGUUUGUAGAAAAAGUUCCAAGUCCAUUAACAGUUAAGCUCCCUCAGCAGCAAAUGCACCAGAUCUAUUCUCCGCCGGAACAAAAUAUGCAGAGGCUGAACUAUUCAUACAACAAUCAAAAUAAUCAAGCGCCCGAAAGUCCUAUACACAGACCUGAAGCUCAAUAUCGUAAUCACAGAGGGAAUUCCGCGAACUUAAAUAGCCCUCCACAAACGAGAGAAAUGUUAGUGAGACAAGAUUCGCAAUUUAACAAAAGCCCCCAGCCCUUCGAAGGACAAUCACCGCUGUCUAACGGUACUCCUUAUUCUCCGACGCCAAACAAAAACUGGCGGCAACCAGAAAAGAGAGAUUCUCCUGCAAACAAAACAAGUAGUCCCCUCUCACAGCAGGGUAAUCGGGGGCCAUUUUCACCGAGUACUCAGCAAAGCUCACCAAAUUAUUCUAAUCAAACACCACCGGCUUUCCACACUUUGCCUAGAGUUGGUCAAAGAAGUCAAGAACCCGUCAGUAAUAAUUUUCAACAACCACCAGUACAACAAAAUUCAAGUGUGGACCAAACUAAUUAUGCACCAUGGCGGACGAGUACCUUGAACAGGUAUCCACGAGGAGGUGAGAAUCAGCCAAUUAAUAUAACUAAUCAAAACGCAAAUCAACAACAAGCUUACAGUCCGCCAUGGAAAUCUAAUGAUUCUAAUAACAACAGAGCCGAAAAUAAUUAUAACCUGCCAUGGAAACAAGAAAACAAAGUUAAUUCUCAACAACAAUAUAAUCCACCAUGGUUAUCGAACCAAGACGCCAAUAACAAUAAAAUACAAGAAAAUUCUAAUGUUAACUGGAGGAAUCAGGAUAAUACUCAAAACAGAAACAACCCGACUACAAAUUCACAAGAACAACCGUUAUACCAGUCCAGUAUCUCGAUUCCUAUCUACGGUAAUCAAAGAAAACAAAAUUCACAACCUGAAUACAAGAGCUCUCCACAAAAAGAAGCUGUUUAUGUUAACCAAGAACCAGUAUUUUAUUGUCCCGAGAGUCCCAAGUCAAUGCCACCGUGGGUAAAAACACAAAAAGAGAAAACUAAAACGCCGCCUCCUGCCUGGUGUAACAGACCGUUGGAACCUAGAAGAAGUAUAAGCAGAGAUUUAGUAACUCCACCGAGAGAUGUAAACCAAGAGCCCGAAUGGGUGAAAAAGAGCAAUGAGAUGCAAAGGGGAGUUCAGGAAACUGGAAGUCCGCCAAAAUAUCAGCAAACAGUUCAACCAAAUUGGUCUACGCGUCCUUCAGAAAAUCGUAAAAGUUUACCUAAAGAUAACACGAGUAGUACAACGGGGGCUAGGAUAAUACCUAUUCAAAUGGAAGUAUCGAGUACGGAGACGAAAAACCAAGGAAAGCAAGGUGACCGUCAGCAGCCACAGCUAAGAAUAGUAAUUGAUAUGAAACAGAAUCCAGAAACUCAAGUUCAUGCACAGGCGCCAUUCUCUCAGCCAACCCAACGCAUUAUGAGAGUGCUGUCGCCGCAGCUAGUUCGAAUGGAUGAAGACGCCAGACCAACGCAUCACGAACUUCCGACAUUGAACCGACACUUCAGCCAGGACAGUCAGCCAAAGACGCGAAUUAUCCCUAUACAGAUUGAAAGUGGUAAUGGCGGGGCAAAUAAAAGAGUGCUCUACCACAAAUUCAGUCGAGAUGACUCGCCGCGUCAAUCGAGAACAUUCAAAUUGCUACAAGCUAUGACCAACACGCAAGAUCCAGGUUAUGUUCAUUCAAAUAAUAUAAUAUAUACUGAUUUUUAAUAACAAAA